CGGGGCUGCGGGGCGGGGAGAAGUUUUCUCUCCCCCGCGCCAUCCUGGCCGGGGCUCGGGAGUUUGCAAACAAGGAGGAGCAGCGAGUCCCUUCGGUGUCAUUGGAGGAGGCUUUUUCCAAGGAGCUCAUAAAUACGGCGGGGCCGGGCGGCGGGCGGCGGCUGUGCGGGCACCCCCCGAGGGCAGCGCAGCGGGCAGAGCCGCGCCGGGGGCGCCGGGCCAUGGCCGCGCUGCUGGGCACCUUCCCCUGGCCGGAGCGGCUGGAGGGGGCGGCCGAGGGGCUGCCGCCGGGGCCGCCCCCCCGGGCGCCGCCGGGGGACAAGGGCGCCGAGAGCCGCAUCCGCCGGCCCAUGAACGCCUUCAUGGUGUGGGCGAAGGACGAGAGGAAGCGCCUGGCCGUGCAAAACCCCGACCUGCACAACGCGGAGCUCAGCAAGAUGCUCGGCAAAUCCUGGAAGGCGCUGAGCCUCGCGCAGAAGCGGCCCUACGUGGAGGAGGCCGAACGGCUGCGGGUGAAGCACAUGCAAGAUUACCCCAACUACAAGUACCGGCCGCGGCGGAAGAAGCAGGUCAAGCGGAUCUGCAAGCGGGUGGACCCGGGUUUUUUGCUGGGCAGCCUGGCGCGGGACCAGAACGCCGUGCCGGAGAAGCGGCCCUGCGGCAGGGCGGCGGGCGAGAAAGAGGGGCCGGGUGAGUACCCGCCUCGCCCGGGGCUGCCGCCCGCCCGGGGGUACCGGGAGGCCCCGGCGGGCGGCGGCAGCAAUGCCAGCGUGGACACCUACCCCUACGGGCUGCCCACGCCGCCGGAGAUGUCUCCUUUGGACGCCAUCGACCCCGAGCAGAGCUUCUUCUCCUCGCCCUGCCCCGAGGAGCAUCACCGCUCCCACCUGGCCGGAGCCACCUUCUCCCCGGAGUACGCGGCCACCUCGCUCCCGUGCAACCACCACGCUCUCGGCGCCUGCAUGAUCCCCCCGGCCUCCAGCUGCCCUCCCCUCCCUCCUCCUCCUCCCCCCAGCUACUACACGCCUGCUUUCCACCCCGUCCACCCCCAAAACCUCCAUGCCCACCUGGGCCAGCUCUCGCCGCCGCCCGAGCACCACAGCUUCGACAGCCUGGACCAGCUGAGCCAAGCCGAGCUCCUGGGGGAGAUGGACCGCGACGAGUUCGACCAGUAUCUCAACACCCCCGGGCACGCCGACCACGGCAGCGCGCUGCUCAACGGACACGCGCCGGCGGCCCCGGCGGCCGGCGGCUCCCACGCCUCCGAGACCAGCCUCAUCUCCGUCCUGGCGGACGCCACGGCCACCUAUUACAAUAACUACAGCGUCUCCUAGGCCGGCGGGCCGGCGGGAAGACCCGGCAGCGUUACGGGGGACAUCCCCCGGGAGGACGUCGCCCGCCCGCGGGGGCCACCGCCUCCGUGCCGGAAGGGCCGCGGAGUCUCCUCGGCGGCCUGGGCGAGGGGUUUCGGCUGUCGGCGGGUGUCGAGCGUUGGGUCGCCCGCUCCGACGCGGGGACGCGCUGCCCCGAGCCCUCCGGCUGCUUCCCCUUCCCCGACCCGCGACGCUCCGGGAAGGAGGGCGGCAGCAUCCCGCGGGUACCUGCCCCGAAACCUCGGCGCGGGCGAAACCCGGCGGAAAAAGGGCAGCGAUGGGGGGAAGAAGCGAAGGUUUGGUGGCGCGACCCGCUGGGGAGCCGUGUCUGCGGGGAGGGACCAGGGCGAGGAGGAGGGAUGCGGCCGCCGGCAGCUUCCCCGCGAGGAACCGGCGGAUCGGGGCUGUCCGGGGACGAGCGCGUCUCGCCGCUGCGUUAAAACCAGCACCGCCACCAGCUUCAGUCUGUGCCUCGGCCUCCCCCCGCCUCCCUCCCGGGCUGGGAAAAUUUAUUCGGAUGAGCACUUUGGAAAAGAGGUGAUAAUGUAGCAGACACAUUUCUUCUCAAACACCAUUUGAAGGCAAACACUUACUGCUUAGACGCAGGGCCCGAUGCCUCCUCUAACUCCAGCGUAUUAUUGCUUGUAAUAAAGCUGUACAUUGAUUUAUACGUUCCAUUAUUUUUCCCCUCGGAUUUUGUAUUGCUAGAGUUCUCUUUCUUUUCAUAAAGAUGAAGCUUUAUUUUAAAUCAGUUAUAUGACAUGAUUAAUCUUAGUGUUUACUGUAUGGCACUUGGUAAUGAUUAGUUAGUAGCGUGGCUAUGAUUUUUUCUGGUUUCAGUCCUGAACGUGUAUUAAUAAUAAUUGCAAAUAAUACUUAAAAAAAAACAACACACAACUUCACAGGUUUUAAGCUAAUACAUUCUAUCUUUUUUGUGUGUGACACUAUGCAUUUUGAAUGAGUGUGGAUACGAGUUUGCAUAAAAUAUUUAAUUUAAAUAAAUAUGUUUUUAUACAAUGAUUGUUUUAUGAUUUAAAUUGCUGUAGCUAUUGACAAAGUUUUCAAAGGAGAAACAUUUCUUGUGUGAGUGCUGUUUUUUAUUUUUUUUUGUUCGUAUUUUCAGCCAAACUUUUCUACUUCCAUUUUUUUUUUU